CACAAAACUUCCUCCUCCUCGAAAUAAUUUUAAUGUCAGUAGCAGCAAUGAAUAUGAACAUUGUUCCAAACAUCGCUCCAAAAAUGCAGAGAUUAGCACAAGCCCGCACCCUGUCCCACGUGCAUGUUUACAGUCACACGUUGCCUGCCCGCCAUUUCAUCAACUCUCCCACGUUGUCCCAAUCAUCACUUGUCAGCAGCAGAAGCAGCAGCUAUAAAAGUCAAACCACCUCCUUAAAGUUCUUCAAGUUACAACUGAACAUCACCAACUCAGCUAGCACUACGAGCCACCAAGAAGAAAGGGUUGAAACCAUGGAUUCUGAGAAGCUUCGUCUUGAAUUGCUUGAAGUCCUUCGCAGCAGAAGAACCCCAGAAUGUCUGUCUGCUGUGCUCACUGUUUGUUUCCAUCUGACUGUGGAACCUGGGAAGCCAGUGGAGGACCCUUUGUAUCAGGAGACUCCUAAGCCAACCUUGAGUCCGGCCAUGGAAUCCUGUCCAAAGAAAGAUAUUCCCAACUUUAAAGAAUUGCUCAAAGAGGAGAACUUUUACUUGACUACUGAGGCUGGAGAGCAAGGACGCUUGCCUGUGCUGAUACUGAGCUUGAAAGAUAGCACUCCGCAGAAGAGGCCAGCUAUUGUUUUUCUGCACAGUACGAAUAAAUGCAAAGAGUGGUUACGACCGUUGCUUGAGGCGUAUGCUUCAAGGGGAUAUAUAGCAGUUGCUAUUGAUUCUCGUUAUCAUGGAGAGCGUGCUAGAAGCUUGACAACGUAUCGAGAUGCCCUCGUGUCAUCAUGGGAAAAAGGUGAUACGAUGCCAUUCAUAUUUGAUACGGUGUGGGACUUGAUAAAACUUGCAGAUUAUCUCACACAAAGGGAAGAUAUAGACCCACUCAGGCUAGGGAUCACUGGUGAAUCACUUGGAGGAAUGCAUGCAUGGUUUGCUGGUGCUGCGGAUACUCGCUAUGCUGUGGUUGUACCUAUAAUUGGUGUUCAAGCCUUCAAAUGGGCUAUAGAGCAUGACAAGUGGCAAGCUCGAGUUGAUAGUAUCAAGGCAGUAUUCGAAAAGGCAAGGAUUGAUUUAGGCAAGACUGCAAUCGAUAAAGAAGUGGUACAAAAGGUCUGGGAUAGAAUAGCUCCAGAUCUAGCCUCCAAGUUUGAUUCACCUCAUACAAUUCCAGCUAUUGCACCACGUCCGCUGCUGAUCUUAAAUGGUGCUGAAGACCCGCGGUGCCCUUUGCCUGGCCUGGAAAUUCCAAAAUCAAGAGCACAAGAGGCUUAUAUAAAGGCCAGUGCAUUGGAUUCUUUCAAGCUUAUAACAGAACCAGGAAUCCCUCACCAGAUGACGCCCUUGAUGGUAAAAGAAGCAAGUGAUUGGUUUGACAGGUUCUUCAUGACAUAAUAGCAUGUAAUCUCUGAAAUAGUAACUGGAGUUUAAAGUUGUGUUAUGGCCUUGAAAAUGCAAUAUAAUGUGAGAAACAAUUAUAGCGUCAUGAUGUGAUGUAUAUGAUUCUUCGCUUCUCUGUUGCCCAAAUCCAAUUUUAGUUGCUUUUUUUUCUCC